AUGACAGUCAUUAACGAGGAAGCCAUCUCUUUACCAAUUCUAAAGGAGAUAAACAACAUCAAGAAUCAGUUCAAAGUUGAUACUGUCUCCCUUAAACAUAUCACCGACCAUUUUGUCCGCCAGCUCGAAGACGGGCUCGCACGCUAUGAUGGCGAGAUUCCAAUGAACGUGACAUGGGUCCCCUCGUUUCCAACAGGCCAUGAAACAGGCCGGUACCUUGCCAUUGACAUGGGCGGCACAAAUCUGCGAAUCUGCGAUGUGACCCUGACCGAGGAAAAGGGCGCGUAUACGAUCGAGCAGGACAAAUACCGGCUUCCAAUCCAUCUGAGGAAGGGCAAAGGGGUUGAAUUAUGGGAGUUCAUUGCAGCAAAACUCGAGGACUUUCUCGCUAAACACAAGCUGGCCAGAGAGGAUGGGGAAAAACUGCCGCUGGCCUUUACCUUUUCGUACCCAGUCACACAGGACCACAUCCGGCAUGGGGUCCUGCAACGGUGGACAAAGGGUUUUGAUAUAUCCGGUGUUGAGGGGGAGGAUGUCGUCGCACAUCUGGAGGAGGUGUUUGAGAAGAGGAAUGUGCCCGUUAGGCUUGUGGCACUGGUGAAUGAUACAGUCGGCACUCUCAUCGCGUCUGCCUACAAGAACCCAGCUAUCAAGAUCGGCAGCAUCUUUGCGACGGGGUGCAAUGCCGCCUAUAUGGAGAAGGUGUCGCGAAUCCCCAAGAUUGCAGAUCACGGCUCCGAGUUCGAGAGCGACGCCCUCGUCUCUAUCAACUGCGAAUACGGCGCUUUUGAUAACGCACACAAGGUCCUCCCCAUGACGCGGUUUGACGAAGAGAUUGAUCAGACCUCUGCAAGGCCCGGGCAACAGGCCUACGAGAAGAUGGUAGCCGGGAUGUACAUGGGCGAACUACUGCGGCUCCUCCUCCUCCACUUGCACGAGUCCAGUGGGUUUUUCACCGAUGCCGAGAUUGACCGGCUACGAGGCUAUGGCACGAUGGAUUCUGCGUCUCUGUCGCGAAUGGAAGCGGGAGGAUCCGAGGCAGAGCGGAUGAGUGACGCCAAGUGUAUAUUGAAGGACUUGUAUGGGAUUGAGGCGACCGACGAAGAGGCAAGGGUUUGCUGCCUCUUGGGGGAGAUUGUGUGCACUCGUGCAGCGAGGUUAUAUGCAUGCGGUAUUGCAGCAUUGUGCCGGAAACAGGGCAUCAGCGAGUGUGCCGUCGGAGUCGACGGGUCGACUUUUGAGAAGUACUCGCAGUUCCGCGAACGUGCGGUCGAUGCCCUGGGCGAGAUUCUGGACUGGCCUGAAGGGCAACAGCUUGUGAAGCUGGUCACGGCAGAGGACGGGUCUGGAGUAGGGUCUGCUCUGAUUGGGGCCAUCACACUGAAUCAAUAG